AUGAACAAGCAACUGCUGCAGACGCUGCCGCUGGCGCGGGGCAAGGACAUCCACAGCCGUGUGGCCAAGCUGGCUCUGUACAAGGAGUGCAUCGCGCUUGCACGGAGCGUCAGCGACCCGCUCACGCGGCAGCAUACUUUGGUGGAGGUGCGAGAAAAGUGGCUGCAUAACCGCGGUUGUGGCGGACACUCGCUUCAGCUGCAGCUGGCGAGUGCGCUGGACCGCAUUUCCUACGGCCGCAUGUGUGUGUCGAAGCAGCGACUGCGUCUUCUCCCAAACGCAAGCGAAAAGUACGACUGGGGAGUUGUGAAUCCCCUCGAGAACCACGAAAGGCGCCUCACAAAGCGAACGGAGAAGGAGUCCCCCGACGCCUUUCCACACGGGGCUGGGAGGCGCGAUUUUGUGCCCAUGACCAAUUGGGGCUACGGAAACAUGGAUCCCGAUGCUGUGAUGCGGCACAAGGAGUUAACGGAUCGGCAGCACUUUAUGGGGCCGCACUGGCGCGGGAAGCCCAAACCGAUGGUGCUAGAAGAUCUCAGCUUUGAGGAGCAGCUGCAUGUGCAUUUCCAGAGCAAACCAAAAAUGAAGAAGAGCCCCAAGAAACACUAUUGA